UUUUCAUUCAUUCAUUCUUGAUUGUUUUGCCUUUGUUUUGGUUUGUGUUCUCAUUUUUUUCCCCCUUCUUUUUGGCUUUUGCUUUUUUUGCCGCUUUGCUUCCAAAAAUGACACCCAAAGGACUUGCCUUUGGUCUGCUGCUUUUGCUACUCGUCGUGAAUUAUCACGUUCAGGUGGCACAAGCAGCCGUUGCAUGUGGCACUGGCGCCGUGUGCACUUGCACGGGAACUCUCGUCAACUGCAUUAGCCGAUCUCUCACAGCCAUUCCAACCGGAAUCCCAGCGACCACAACCACCCUGUAUUUGCAGAGCAAUCAGAUCACCAGCAUUUCCUCAAGCGCAUUCACAGGCCUGACUGCGCUGACUUACAUGCGUCUGGACACCAACCAGAUCACCACCGUUCCUGCUAACGCAUUCUCAGGCCUUUCUACGCUGAAUACCUUGCAACUGAACAACAACUGGUUGAGCGCCAUCCCCUCUUCGGCGUUCACAGGCCUGACUGCGCUGAUACAAUUGCUACUGAAUAACAACCAGAUCACCACCGUUCCCUCUUCUGCAUUCACCGGCCUGACUGCGUUGCAAAUCUUGUAUCUGCACAACAACCAAAUCGCCACCGUUGCUAUAAACGCAUUCUCAGGCCUGACUGCGCUGCAAACCCUGUAUCUGUACAACAACCAGAUCAUCACCGUUGCUACAAACGCAUUCUCAGGCCUGGCUGCGCUGCAAGUCUUGCGUCUGGACACCAACCAGAUCACCACUGUUCCUGCUAACGCAUUCUCAGGCCUUUCAAAGCUGAAUACCUUGCAACUGAACAACAACUGGUUGAGCGCCAUCCCCUCUUCGGCGUUCACAGGCCUGACUGCGCUGAUACAAUUGCGUCUGGACACCAACCAGAUCACCACCGUUCCUGCUAACGCAUUCUCAGGCCUGACUGCGCUGAUUUACUUGUAUCUGUACAACAACCAGAUCACCACCGUUGCUACAAACGCAUUUUCAGGCCCUACCGCGCUGGUCCAAUUGCAACUAUACGGCAACCAGAUCACCACCAUUCCUUCCUCUGCACUCACAGGCCUGAGCGCGUUGACGCAAUUGUAUCUGUACAACAACCAGAUUACCAGCGUUCCUGCAAACGGAUUUUCUGGCCUUACGGCGCUGACGGACCUACGUCUGUCCAACAAUACGAUCACCAGCAUUCUUGCAAACGCAUUCACCGGUCUUACCAAGCUGACUUACCUGGAUCUAUCCCUCAACCAGCUCACCAGCAUUCCAGCAGGCGCAUUCUCAGGCCUGACUGCACUGACGCAAUUGCUGCUGUUCAACAACUGGUUGAGCGCCGUUCCUUCUUCGGCGUUCACAGGCCUUACUGCGUUGAUUUAUCUGUAUCUGAACAACAACCAGAUCACCACCGUUGCUGCAAAUGCAUUCACAGGCCUCACCGCGCUGGUCCAAUUGCAGCUGUACGGCAACCAGAUCACCACCAUACCUGCAAGCGCAUUUGCAGGCUUGAGCGCGCUGGUACAAUUGUAUCUAUACAGCAACCGGAUCACCGCCAUUUUCGUAAACGCAUUCACAGGCCUUACUCAUCUGAGUCUCUUGGAACUUUCCAACAACCAGAUCACCAGCCUUCCUGCAAAUGCAUUUGCAGGCCUGACUGCGAUGACACAAUUAAGUCUCUACAACAACUCGCUCAGCGCCGUUCCCUCGUCUGCAUUCACAGGGCUUACAGCGCUACAGGCCUUGUAUCUGUACAACAACCAGAUCACCACCGUUGCUGCCAAUGCAUUCACAGGCCUCACCGCGCUGGUCCUAUUGCAUCUGUAUCGCAACCAGAUUACCACCAUACCUGCAAGCGCAUUUGCAGGCUUGAGCGCGCUGGUACAAUUGUAUCUAAACAGCAACCGGAUCACCACCAUUUUCGCAAACGCAUUUCCGAGCCUUACAAAGCUGACGUACUUGGAUAUUUCCAACAAUCAGAUCACCAGUCUUCCUGCAAAUGCAUUCACAGGCCUGACUGCGAUGACACAAUUGCAUCUCUACAACAACUUGUUCAGCACCGUUCCUUCGUCUGCAUUCACAGGGCUUACAGCGCUACAGGCCUUGUUUCUGUUCAACAACCAGAUCAGCUCCGUUGCUGCCAAUGCAUUCACAAGUCUCACCGCACUGAUCCAAUUGCAGCUCUACGGCAACCUGAUCACCACCAUACCUGCAGGCGCAUUUUCGGGCCUUUCUAAACUGAAUCUCUUGCAGCUGUACAACAACUGGUUGAGCGCCAUCCCCUCUUCGGCAUUCACAGGCCUGACUGCGCUGACACAAUUGCGUCUGGACACCAACCAGAUCACCACCGUUCCUGCUAACGCAUUCUCAGGCCUGACUGCGCUGAUUUACUUGUCUCUGUACGGCAACCAGAUUACCACCAUUUCUGCAAGCGCAUUUGCAGGGUUGACUGCGCUGCAAGCCUUGUAUCUGAACGACAACACGAUUACAACCAUUGCCGCAAAUGCAUUUGCUGGCCUUACCGCGUUAAAUUGGCUGGAUUUGUCCGACAGCCAGAUCACCAGCAUUCCCGCAAAUGUAUUCUCAAGCCUUCCUGCACUAGCGCAAUUGAAUCUGUACAACAACUGGUUGAGCGCCGUUCCCACUUCUGCCUUCACAGGCCUGACUGCGCUGACACAAUUGACUAUGUACGGCAAUCGAAUCACCACCAUAUCCGCCAACGCAUUCACAGGCCUUAACGCGCUGGUACAAUUGUAA